AUGGCCACGGGCGAGGGCAAGACGCUGGUGGCGAUCCUCGCGGCAUUUCUCAAUGCUCUGGCAGGUCAGGGGGUCCACGUGGUGACUACGAACGAUUACUUGGCCAGACGUGAUGCGCCGUCUCCGUCACUUUGUGGAUUUAUGGCCCUGGCGCCUCUCACAGCCGUGGACAUGGCCCUGAGGCAUCUCAGCCUCCAGGAGCCAAUGUUCAUCCCGACACCAUCCACGCAGCUCUUGGUGAAGCUGUUGCAGACCAAGCCAGACCUGAUGACCUUGAACCGCUGCUUCGAAGCUCCCCUGCAGGCCACAGCCGAAACGAAGUGUGAGGAGCUGGUGCAGCCACUGCCUGCGAAGGGUGCCAAGAAUCCCUACAAGAACAUCUCCAGGAUGGCUAGGCUUGGUCGACGCGGAUCCGCAGGCAGUUUGGACAAGGGUGGUGAUGGAAACGACAGCCGCUGGUGGACAAGGUCGCGCCAGCAGUUGAUGUGCCCGCUCACGAACUUCCCUAUCCAGCUCUUGCCGUACCCGCCGUUCAAGCUCCGCACUGACCCGUCGAAACAGACCCCUCACACGCUCGUGGAUGGGAAGUUUCUGGCUUUGCAGCUCAUCGUUAAUGGGCGAGCUGGGCCAGGAAUCCGGGAGUUGCUUGAUUCGGACCUGACCGCACUCGACGAAUACAUCCAACGCUGCAAACUUGGACCCUUCCGACCUGGCGUGGCUCGAGGUCUGGUGGAGGAGACGACCACUGCGCCGACCCAAGCGGAGCGUGCGCGAGCAGCUCGCUACUGUAGGCCUGUCAGUGAAGAAAACUCGUCGCAGUUGCGCAACGCGUCUGCGCGCACCGGUGCCUGCACCAUGGACUCCGACGAAGAGGAGAUGAAAGCCAUGCGGGCGUCGAAGCGCUACUCCGGCCCCACACGGAAGGCCCCAAAGCCCGAGGAGACUUCGGCAAACAUGGAGGAGACUAGCGGUAACUUCCCUUCUCAGCAGAUGGGAGGCGAUGGCUCCGACACCGAGAUGCCGAUGGAGAUGCAAGAGCUGAAGGGCUUCAACAUGCCUCUGUCCUUUGGAAAGCAGAAGCCCGUAAAGACUGUUGGCCCCGAAGCACACAAUGCUACGCAGCGGGCGCAGAAAGGAGCUCGAGGGCAGGAGAAAGCUGCAAAGUCUGGUGGCGUGCAGUUUGGUCACCGGGCAAAGGAUGCAGCCUCUGUUGCCGGCGCCACCGCCCGCCUGCAUAAGGCAGCUGUAGAGGCGGCAGAGGCGGAGGAGGCUGAAGGCAAAGAGGAGGACAGUCCGACGGGCCCCGUCGUCACCGCGAAGCAGCGUGCCCCGGCACCGGUUGAGGAGCCCGAUGAGCUUCCCGAGCCCGGAAAGGAGAAUGAACUUCUGCCCGUCAGCCAUGAAGUGAACAUUCCAUGCCAUGACAAGGCAGUGACGGCUGUUGGCCUGGAUCCUAAGGGCUCUCGGAUGAUUGCAGGAAGCAUGGACGGAAUGUUCAAGUUCUUCGACUUCCAUGGCAUGUCUGAGGCCAAAGAGUCUUUCCGGAGCCUGGAACCGGUCGAGGGGAAGAUGGCUCAUGCCAUCUCCUUCAGCACCACCGGAGGGCAGGUCUUGGUGGUCAAUGCAGACAUCCAUGCGCGCAUCUACGACCGUGAUGGCUCUACCAAGCCCAUUCAGCAGACAGUUCAGGGUGACAUGUACGUCCGUCAGAUGGAGCACACUAAGGGCCAUACACAGGUUCUGACAUCGGGCAUGUGGCACCCGUUUAGGAGCGAGUUGUUUCUGACAGCCUCUCUGGAUGGCACUAUGCGGAUGUGGGACAUGACUGCAGAUCCUGUUGGCAUGGACCAGGAAUUACCGUCCAUCCAUGUGCUCAAGACGGUAGACCGUCGCAAUGUUUGCGUGGGCGGAGGAUCUGGGAAAACGGGGGGCCUUUACCCCACGUGCUGUGUCUACUCGCCCACCGAUGCGAAGAAGAUUGUCGGUGGUUGCAGUGACGGGUCGGUUCAGCUCUUCUUUGACAAAGCACGCUUCAUGAGGCCUGACAGGAUCCUCAGGAGUGCCCACACAGAAGCUCUUACAGACGUGGGCUUCAUACCGGAGGGCAGCGAGAGCAACCUCCUCGUAACUCGGUCACUGGACAACUCCAUGAAAGUCUGGGACUGCCGGAUGCUCUCAGAUGCCAAGGGCCCUGUGAAGGUCUUCGAUGAUUUGCGAACCGCGCACGAGAAGACCGGCAUCUGCACAUCGCCAGACGGGCGCUACUUGGUGACGGGUACUUCCCUUGCCAAGGGGGCUUUAGGCUCCGCAACCCUGCGAAUCUAUGACGUGAAGACCUUUGGUCUAGUGAAGAGUCUGGACUUCGGCAAGAAGUCGCCGCUCCGCAUAGUGUGGCAGAAAGACUUGAACCAGCUGGUGGUGACCACAACCGUUGGCGAAGUGUUCAUGCUCUACAGCCCUUUCUCUUCCAGGAAAGGUGCGCUUCACUUCGUGGGACGAAAGGCCAAGACCAAGUCCGUGUACAGUAGCAUCGAAGAAGAUGGACAGGGUUCCGGUCCAAUCUUCAACAUGACAGACCCCGCAGAAAUGCAGCGCUUCUACCAGACAGGUCAUGGUGACAUGUAUAAAAUCCGACGAGGAGAGGCUCGAAAGGUGAACAAGAACAUGACGCCAACAAGGCCCGACGAAGCGGGAACGAAGAUGCCAGACCAGAAGUUCGGCGACUUUGCGGCCUUGGCCAUCAAGGCCGGCGCGCAGACGCUGCACUUGAACAACACCCGCGUCACCGACACAGACUCCCAGAAGGCCCUCCUAGAGUACCAGGAUAAGAUCUCAGCAGACAUAGCGAAGACCUCGCUGGUUGAUCGCGCGUAUUCGAACAACCAGCCCACGAAGAUCUUGGACUGGUCGGAAGAGCAGUCGGAGGGUGACAAGCGAAUGAUGUUAGCCAUGAAAGGAGAGUUCUGCCGAAAGUGUGGCAUGAAGAACUGCCGCUGCGUGGACUACUCCAGAUACGGUGAAGGGUCAAAGAAGCAGCGUAUAGCGUAG